UUUAUUUGCUGCAGGGAAUGAUAAUGUGACUUCCUUGGCACUAUUUGACAGCAAAAAUCACCUGUUGGUUUUUCUGUAUCUGAAAAUUUCAUGUUAUGUGUGUGAACUAUGAGCUUUUGUUAAAUUUCUCAUCUGGAACAGUUAAAUAUUAAUUUACACCCGUGUUAGUAUCCUUUGUGUUGUGUUUACCUUGCAGAGUUCCCAGUUGGCAAGUGAGAACAUGAGCAGCCGUCGGAAACGCGCCCUCCCGGUGAAGGUAGACGAAGAAAAGCAGCAGCAGCUCCGCUGGAACAUGCAUGCCGACAGAAGGGAUGAGCCGCUCACCUCAACUGACGAUGAGCAUCCCUGCCCGAGUUCGGGCUCUCGUCUUCCUCAGGGCAUCCUUCUAGAAGUCAGCUUAGAGAAAGAGGGGGCUCCCAGGGACACGGAGAGGUGUCCAGCAGCAGGGAGGCCCUCCAAGUCAGCUGCAAAAGAAGGGACUGUCAGCCUUGAUUCCUCCUUGGCUGUGAAGUUGAAUAUUGUGGUUUCUCCCCAUAAUGCUGGUGAUUCUUGGAAAGUGUUACUGGGUGAAUUAACUCUUCAGCUUCCUCCGGAACAAAGUUUAAGUGAAAAUUUUUCUGAAAGGAGUUUUACAUUGAUGAGUUCAGAGUCAAGCAAUCAAUUCUGGAUGUAUAUUCAUUCAGAAAGUGAAACUGUAGAGAACGAAAAAAAUAACCUCAAAGAACCCGUCACUACUGAUGGGAAGGGUAUUCUAGUGGAAUCAUCCUUCAGUCAUGACAUGUUGGAAGAUUUAGAAUGGCUGCAAAAGAAGGGAAGAAUCAGACUUUACCAAAGACCAGAAGGAAAUUGUAUUAUCAAGAUUGAAAUUUAUCUUUUGGAAGCUGGUCUAGCAAAUCUAGACUAUUUCAGUGAUGCAAAUUCAAGAAUGAAAAAGUUCAAUCAACUCAUGAAAAGAGUGAUGGAUAAGUUACACAAUUUUGUGAUUCCAGAUGUGCUGGAAGAGGAUGAGGACAAUUCAGAGAGUGAGCCAGAGGGACAAGACAUCGAUGAACUCUACCACUUUGUGAAGCAAACACAUCAGCAAGAAGCACGGUCUGUCCAGGUGGAUGUCCAGCAUCCUGCCUUGAACCCUGUGUUAAGACCCUACCAGAGAGAGGCUGUCAAGUGGAUGCUGCAACAGGAGCGUGUCAGAAACACUCCUGCUGAUGAACAUGCUCUGCACUUCUUAUGGCGGGAAAUUAUUACAUCAGACUGUUGGAAAAUAUACUAUAACCCUUAUACAGGCUGCAUUAUCCGUGAGUUCCCAAAUUCUGGGCCACAGUUGCUUGGUGGAAUUUUAGCAGAUGAGAUGGGUCUCGGGAAGACAGUGGAAGUUUUGGCUCUGAUUCUGACACAUACUCGACAAGAUGUUAAACAAGAUGCUCUCACUCUUCCCGAGGGAAAAGUAGUAAAUUAUUUUGUUCCAUCACAUUGCUUUGGAGGAGAGGCAAAAGAUGUUGGAACCCGGACUAUGGAGUUUGAAUCAAAAGAAAAAGUUCAUUGUCCCCCUACCCGUGUGAUGAUUCUGACAGCUGUGAAAGAAAUGAAUGGGAAAAGAGGCGUUUCUAUUGUUUCCAUCUACAAGUAUGUCAGUUCAAUGUACAAAUAUGACGUGCAACGGAAUAGGAGUCUUCUGAAGCGGAUGCUGAAAAGUUUGAUUUUUGAAGGUCUUGUGAGACAGAUUAAAGGUCAUGGUUUUUCUGGAACUUUUACAUUGGGAAAGAAUUACAAGGAAGACAAUACAUGGGAUAAAACAAAAAAACAGGUAAUAGGAAGUCCAAAAAAACAUCAGAAAGAAACCAGAAAAUCAGGGAACAAGGACACAGAUUCUGAAUAUUUGCCAUCAAACACCUCUGAUGAUGAUGAUGAUGAUCCUUAUUAUUAUUAUUAUAAAGCCAGGAAGAACUAUAAUAAGUUGAGAAAAAAGCCUAUUUUCUGCACACAAAAAAGAAAAAGCCAGCCUAAAUUCAGUCCCAAUUCCCAAGAUGACGGUCCAGCAACCAGUGACUCUGGGAUAAUGGAUGUGACCAUGUCUGAGAGUACUUGUGAAACAAAGGAAGAAAGUGCGUUUCCAGCCCCUGCCGGCAGUGCCGGGCCACACUCUGAUAGCCAGGGGCCCCCAGAAGCCUCUGACUAUCGCUUCGAGUGCAUCUGUGGUGAACUGAACCAAACAGACUGCAAGGCGCGUGUUCAGUGCCUGCGCUGCCGCCUGUGGCAACAUGCAAAAUGUGUGAAUUACGAAGAGAAGAAUCUCAAAAUUAAGCCUUUUUACUGUCCCCACUGCCUGGUUGCAAUGGAACCAGUAUCUUCAAGAGCAACUCUGAUCAUCUCGCCAAGCUCUAUCUGUCACCAGUGGGUGGAAGAAAUCAAUAGGCACGUGAAAUCAUCAUCCCUUCGCGUCUUGGUGUAUCAAGGAGUGAAGAAACAUGGUUUUUUACAGCCUGAUUUUUUGGCCGAACAGGAUAUAGUUAUCAUUACCUAUGACGUUCUUCGUUCGGAACUAAACUACGUCGAUAUUCCUCAUAGCAACAGUGAGGAUGGACGUCGUCUGCGCAACCAGAAGCGCUACAUGGCCAUUCCCAGCCCCCUGGUGGCUGUGGAGUGGUGGAGGAUCUGCCUGGAUGAAGCUCAGAUGGUUGAGUGUCCUACAGUAAAAGCUGCUGAAAUGGCCCGGCGUUUGACUGGGAUUAACCGAUGGUGUGUCAGUGGCACUCCAGUUCAGAGAGGAUUGGAGGAUCUUUUUGGGUUAGUGGUCUUUCUGGGCAUUGAGCCUUAUUGUGUCAAACACUGGUGGAUUCGACUUCUUUAUCAGCCCUACUGCAAGAAGAACCCUCAGCCCCUCUACAGCUUUAUUGCCAAGAUACUCUGGAGGUCUGCAAAGAAAGAUGUCAUUGACCAAAUCCAGAUACCCCCUCAAACUGAAGAAAUACACUGGCUCCACUUUUCUCCAGUGGAAAGACACUUCUAUCAUCGUCAGCAUGAGGUUUGCUGCCAGGACGCGGUGGCGAAGCUUAGAAAGAUUUCCGACUGGGCUCUGAAGCUCAGUAGCCUGGACAGGAGGACCGUCACCUCCAUCCUCUACCCGUUGCUGAGGCUCCGGCAGGCCUGCUGCCACCCACAGGCCGUGCGUGGGGAGUUCUUGCCACUCCAAAAAAGCACCAUGACCAUGGAAGAGCUGCUGACAUCUCUGCAGAAGAAAUGUGGGACUGAGUGUGAAGAAGCACAUCGCCAGCUAGUUUGUGCCCUCAAUGGCUUAGCAGGCGUCCAUAUCAUUAAAGGUGAAUAUGCCGCAGCAGUAGAACUAUACAGAGAAGUGUUGCGCUCAUCUGAGGAACACAAAGGAAAACUCAAAACUGAUUCACUUCAGAGACUUCAUGCUACCCAUAACUUGAUGGAAUUGUUGACGGCCAAACACCCAGGCAUACCUCCUACCUUACGAGAUGGCAAACUGGAGGAAGAGGCCAAACAACUGCGAGAGCACUACAUGAGCAAGUGCAACACAGAAGUUGCUGAAGCCCAGCAGGCGUUACAGCCUGUGCAGCAGAACAUCCGUGAGCUCCAGAGAAAGAUUCAUAUGAAUUCUCCUUGGUGGCUGAAUGUGAUACAUAGAGCAUUGGAAUUUGCUAUUGAUGAAGAACUUGUUCAGCGAGUGAGAAAUGAAUUAACUAGCAACUACAAGCAACAAACUGACAAGCUUUCCAUGUCAGAGAAGUUCCGCGACUGCAGAGGUCUUCAAUUCUUACUUACCACACAAAUGGAAGAGCUACAUAAAUUCCAGAAGCUGGUAAGAGACGCUGUGAGAAACCUAGAGGGACCUCCGUCUCGGAGCGUUAUUGAAUCUGCAACAAUCUGCCAUCUCCGACCCGUUAGGCUUCCGCUCAACUGCUGCGUCUUUUGCAAAGCUGAUGAAUUGUUUACAGAAUAUGAAUCAAAACUGUUUUCUAACACAGUCAAAGGCCAGACAGCAAUAUUUGAGGAGAUGAUAGAAGAUGAAGAAGGACUGGUAGAUGAUCGAGCACCUACCACCACUCGUGGUCUGUGGGCAACAAGCGAGACAGAGCGAUCCAUGAAAGCAAUCCUGUCAUUUGCAAAAUCACAUAGAUUCGAUAUUGAAUUCAUUGAUGAAGGAAGUAUUGCAAUGGACCUGUUUGAAGCAUGGAAGAAGGAGUAUAAGUUGCUUCAUGAAUAUUGGAUGGCUCUUAGAAACCGUGUGUCUGCUGUUGAUGAGCUCGCCAUGGCCACAGAACGGCUGCGAGUGCGCGAGCCGAGGGAGCCGAAGCCCAGUCCGCCUGUUCACCAUAUCAUUGAGCCGCAGGAGGUGGAACAAAAUCGUAUAAAACUACUAAAUGAUAAAGCCAUAGCUACAUCACAGCUUCAGAAAAAACUGGGCCAGCUUCUUUAUCUGACUAACUUGGAGAAGUCUCAAGACAGAACAUCGGGAGGCAUUAAUCCAGAACCUUGUCCCAUAUGCGCUCGACAGCUGGGGAAGCAGUGGGCAGUACUAACCUGUGGACACUGUUUCUGUAAUGAAUGUGUUUCUAUUAUCAUCGAGCAAUACAGCGUGGGGUCUCACCGAAGCGCCAUCAGGUGUGCCAUCUGCCGCCAGACUACUUCUCACAAGGAAAUCUCGUACGUCUUCACCUCAGAGAAAGCCAGCCAGGAGGAAGACAUCCCUGUCAAGGGUAGCCAUUCUACAAAGGUGGAAGCUGUAGUGAGAACUCUGAUGAAAAUACAGCUUAGAGAUCCAGGGGCCAAAGCGCUGGUCUUCUCCACGUGGCAAGAUGUAUUAGAUAUUAUUUCUAAAGCCCUCACUGAUAACAACAUGGAAUUUGCACAGAUCGGUCGUGUUAAAACAUUUCAGGAGAACCUUUCAGCAUUUAAACGUGAUCCGCAAAUCAAUAUUUUGCUGCUACCCCUGCACACAGGCUCUAAUGGAUUAACCAUCAUUGAAGCCACACAUGUUCUCUUGGUGGAGCCCAUACUGAACCCUGCCCACGAGCUUCAGGCCAUAGGGCGGGUGCACCGAAUUGGACAGACAAAACCUACUAUUGUACACAGAUUCUUAAUUAAAGCAACAAUAGAAGAAAGAAUGCAGGCGAUGCUGAAAACUGCUGAGCGGAGUCACACCAACUCGGCCGGGAAGAACUCGGAGGCCUCCGUCCUCACUGUCGCCGACCUCGCGGACCUGUUCACCAGAGAGACGGAAGAGCGUGAGUGAGCUGCCCGGAGCCAGUCGGCGGAGCUCCACGUGCUGCUGCGCU